AUGGCACCUAGUAAGGAGUGGAUGAAUCUUGUCAAUGAUCGACUUAAUGAAGCUUAUCAAAUAGGGGUACAAAAGUUUCUAGAUUAUGCUUUAAAGAAGUUGGGUGCCAAAAAUAAGAUUCGGUGCCCAUGCACAAAAUGUUGCAAUACUGAUCUUGGAACUCGUGAGUCUAUUGAGGCACAUCUAAUGAUACAUGGAAUAUCUGAAGGGUAUACAUUUUGGUAUCAUCAUGGUGAACUAAGCAAUGAGCCUCAAUCUGAGUUUGAGGAUGAAGAAAAUGAGAUCUUACAAUAUGAUACUAGUGCUCCAGAUGAUAGUGAUGAUGAGAUCCAACAAUUCAUAAAUGAUUUGUACCCUCAGUUUAAAGGAUUAGAUGAAAAUAAUGAAGAUGUUGAAUUUCCAAAUACCCAAAAUUUGCCUGAAAUGGAGCCGAAUAAUGGAGCCAAACAGUUUUACAAGUUGAUAGAUGACCUUGAGCAACCAAUAUAUCCUGGUUCACUAGUUUCAAGAUUAUCUGCAAUUCUUAAAUUGUUGCAUAUCAAGAGUCUUGGUCAUUGGAGUAAUAAGUCAUUUACUAUGUUGUUGCAAUUGUUAAAAGAAUUCUUACCUGAAGGGUCUUUCUUACCAGACUCAUACUAUAAUGCGAAAAAGGUAUUGCAUGACAUUGGUUUGUCUUAUGAAAAGUAUGACUCUUGUGUGAAUGAUUGCAUGUUGUAUUGGAAGACCGAUAAUGGAUGUGACUGUUGCAAGGUAUGUGGUGCUUCUCGAUGGAAGAAAGAUUAUUGUAGUGGAGAAUUUAAGAUGAAAACAAAUGGUAAGAAAAUACCAGUAAAAACUCUACGUUACUUUCCAUUAAAGCCACGACUUCAGAGGUUGUUUAUGUCUUCCAAGACAGCCUCUUCUAUGAGAUGGCAUUUUGAUAAAAGAGUAGAUGAUGGAGUGAUAAGACACCCAGCUGAUUCAAUGGCGUGGAAGGAUUUUGAUAAAGUCCAUCCAAAUUUUGCCUCAGAACCUCGUAAUGUUAGACUUGGUCUUGCUAGUGAUGGCUUUCAACCUUUUUCUAAUUCAAGAACACCGUAUAGUAUAUGGCCAGUAGUGCUUAUUCCGUAUAAUGUGGAGCCUUGGGUUUGCAUGAAGCCGUCUAAUUUCCUUUUGUCAAUGCUUAUCCCAGGACCAGAUGGACCAGGGGAUGCAAUUGAUACUUACCUCCAACCUUUGAUAGAUGAAUUAAAGGAGUUGUGGGAAUUGGGUGUCGAAACCUUUGAUGUGUCAACACGUCAAAAUUUUAUGAUGCAUGCAGCUUUGAUGUGGACGAUCAAUGACUUCCCUGCUUAUGGGAUUUUAUCUGGAUGGAGUACAAAAGGAAAAUUAGCAUGUCCUUGUUGUAACAAGAAUACUUUUUCGACAAGGCUUACUAACGGUGGGAAACAAUGUUAUAUGGGUCAUCGACGUUAUUUGCCUAUGAAUCACAAAUGGAGAAAUAAUAGGGUUUCUUUUGAUGGUACAAGGGAAAGAGGGGUCGCUCCAAACUUACUUUCUGGUGUAGAUGUUCUAAAGCAAGUGCAAGACCUUGAAGGGAUUACUUUAACUAAAUCUCGUCAAUUGAAGACCAAGAUAAAUCAUGAAAAUAGGGGAGAUAAUUGGAACAAAAAAAGUAUAUUCUUUAAGCUUCCAUAUUGGAGUACACUUUUGCUACGACAUAAUUUGGAUGUGAUGCACAUUGAGAAGAAUAUAUGUGAUAACAUUCUUGGAACUAUCAUGAAUGUUAAGGGAAAGACUAAGGACAAUUUAAAGUCUCGGCUUGACUUAAAAUCAAUGGGCAUACGACCAGAGCUACACCCAAUUGUACAAGGAGACAAAGUUUUUUUACCACCUACAAGUUAUGUUUUGUCUCCAAAGGAAAAGGAUGCAUUCCUUAUAUUUUUAAAAAAAUUAAGGGUUCCUGAUGGAUUUUCAUCCAACAUAUCUCAAUGUGUUAACCUCAAAGACCACAAAAUUAUCGGUUUGAAGAGCCAUGAUUGUCAUGUUCUUAUUCAGCAUAUACUUCCUAUUGCAUUACGUGGCAUCGUUCCUAAUGAUGUAUGCGAGGCACUCACUGAAUUGUCUUUGUUUUUCAAGAUAUUGAGUGGUAAGGCAUUAAGGGUAAAAGAAAUAGAGCAAAUUGAAUCUCAAAUUUUUGUCACUCUCUGCAAGUUGGAAAUGAUCUUUCCACCAUCUUUUUUUAAUGUAAUGGAGCACUUGCCGAUACAUUUGCCAAAUGAGGUUAAGGUCGGUGGGCCCAUACAGUAUCGAUGGAUGUACCCCAUGGAGAGAUAUUUGUAUAAUUUGAAAUCGUUUGUUCGUAACAAAACACACCCAGAAGGCUCAAUUGCUGAAGGAUACAUUGCUAGUGAGUGCAUGAUGCUUUGUUCAAGGUACUUGCCUAGCAUGGAGACAAAGUUUAACAGGCUGGAUAGAAAUUACGAGGGUGAUGUGCACAAUGGAGGUUCACUUGUGUUCAACCAACGUGGGAGACUUUUGGGAGCUGGAAUUACCCGUGAUCUAGAAAACAAUGAGUGGAUUGAAGCACAUAUAUAUAUUCUAAGGAAUUGCAGCAAAGUUCAGCCAUUUAUUGAGUAA